UUAAGAACCGGUAUCAGCCUGCAUUAUUUAUUAAUUGUUUAGGCUGGUCACCAUUUAUAUAUCUUCCCUCUCGACUAUAACGUAUAAGGGAAAGCCAAGGUUUCAGUCACAGUUAGCUAUCGUUUAACGCUACAGUAAAUUAAAAUGAGACCAUUAGAAAAAAUGAAUUUCGCCAUUUAUUUCCUCUUGAGUGUCACGGGCUUAACACUCGCUAGGGCCAAGAUUCCUUUAGAACUCGGCAAGAUGCUUGGAUUGAAUUCCACUACAGAAAUUUCUAACGAUGAAGUUAAUCCUUCAGCCGAACGCUCGUUUCAAGAUGGACUUGUUGGCAUUUUCAGCACUGUAUUAAGCGGAGAUCGGAACGUGCAUUUUGAUAAUAUCAAAAGCCCCAAAAUGCUUUCUGCAGCUCGUGACGCUGAAACGGUAACCUCAGUUGAAGAUGCCAUGAGAAAUUUUAAGACUGGACAUGUUGAACAUUACACACCUUCACCAGUCGGAAAUACAGAAUGCUACGUUGAAUAUCAUGUGACGCACAGAGCUCCAGGACGAUGUAUCAGACUAGGAGGCAGGAUACCUGCGUGCCAGAGUGAUGAAUACCUCGAUAUUAAUCACAGCGAAUGUAACUGAACAUUGUAUUGGAGACCAUGAAUACCGUAUAGUAUAAGCACCUAUUUCCUGGUCUGUAUUUAAAAUGAUUAACUCUUGGAACUCUUUAUGCAUCUGAAUCACUCCAGAUCAUCUAAGGAUUUCAUAUUUUACUUAUCGAAGCUAUAUGAUAUGUUAAAUAUCGUAUUGUGUCUGCAUUAGUAAUAUUUAUUUCCGAAGUUAAACUAAGCAUUAGUUUUUCAGUUCAUUGUGCUUAGGUCUUUAUUGACAUGAAAGCCUGUAUAAAUUUAAAAUAAAUGUCUGUGUCGUAGUU